AUGACCAGUAAUAUCCAUGAAUUUACAACUUUGCAAGAUCAAAUUGAAUAUUUAUUAAAUGGAAAUGUUGUAUUAGUUGCUAGUCCUAAUUUUUAUCAAGGUGCAUGGGUGCGAAUAAAUAAUGAAUGGUCGAAACUAUAUUCAUGGUGUAAUAAUGAUGAAAAAGAAGACUGUUUUGAUUGUGUACAAAUACGACAAAAUAGUAUAACAAAUACUAUCUAUCUUCAAAAUGUUUCAUGUAUUCAACAAUCUCAGUACAUAUGUGAAGUAAUAGAAAAUGCCAAUAAUAUUAAUGACGAACAAUUAGCACUUGCUCUUUCAUCUUCAGGUGAUGAUAGUUCAAAUAAAGACUUGAACAAUAUUCUAUUUUAUGGUGGUAUUGCUGCUGAUAUUAUUACACUAAUAAUCAUAACGAUCAUUUUAACAUCAUCAAAUGAUAAUCAUAGAGUUUUUCUAUUUGUUGUUGAUUGA